ACAGUUUAAAAAGCAAGGGUUCUGGUGUCUUCUUGGUAGUGAUGUUCAACGAGGAAUUUCCGGUUUGGGGGAACCUAUUUUUUUUUUCCAUUUUAAAUAAUUAUCAAGAAUAUUACGUCAAUUUGACCUGAAGCUCCAGUAUGGCAAGGUUUGCUGGUGUGACUAAGUGGAGAUUCCCUAUUUUGUUUGGAUCGAUACUGGCUGGGUUUGCAACAGCAUUUGUGUACAGACAGGUGUUUAUGACUGAUGUUGAGGAUGCACGGCGCAAACACCAAAAGGAGGACGUUGAGCACUACGGGGAGAUGCUAGCCCACCAGGCUCGCGUCAACGAGCAGAGGACGCGCAUCGUGGAGGACAAGACAAAAACCAAAGAGGAUGGGAACCUGUAAAGAAUCCUAAUGGCUGUAUAAAUGGACUGACUGUGAUGGCUGUACAAAUUGCUUGACUACGUGUGUUGCAUGUUUUAUUUUAGACUAUAGAUUAAAUAAAAUUAACGAUUGAAUCAAAAUUUCAUCAUGCUGAUUCUGCCCCGAUGACAUGGAUGAUGCGCACAGCCAAUGGGUUGACUUUGUGUCAAAGUUGAUGAACUUUUUUUAGAUUUUACUAAACCAGCCAGCAAGAAAUAAGGAAUUCAAGUUGAUCUUUACAUCUGUGCAGAACAAAUCCUGAAGCCCCACGUGUUAAUUUUGAUUGUAUGGUUUGUGCUUUGUCAACAUAAACAAUUCCGACAAGAAAAAAUUAUACUGUUGAUCCCGCUACCAAGUGUUAUCCAUCAUGAAUGAGGGAUCUCAAAUACAGCACGACUCAGAUGAUUGUAUGGCGUCACAGAGUGAUCAUGAGAAAUUAUUGGAGAGAAUCAAUUCCAGAAAAUUGUACAAUGCCAGACGGGAUGAAAAGAGUGGUGCUCAGAAGUUGGUGGAGCAAACGAGUUUGCCUGACACGGUUAGGGCAGGGGAAUCCGACACGUCCAAAACAUCCUCACGGAGAGGCAAGUUGUCGCUCCGUCGUGACGCCAAUCGUCCUGGCCACUCAGGGAAACAGAACUCCUCGGCAACAUCCCAAACCAAAGCCCCAAAAGAGGUGAUGAAGGCAAUCUUAGGGGAAACCACUUUGAACCAGAGCAGUGACUUCAAGGAGCCACGGGGCUGUCGGGCACCCCUCCAUGAACCCAAGGGUCGGCGGAGACUGGGCAGUUCCCUGAGCAGAGCCAAGAGUAGCAAAGCUCGGAACAAUCCCAUCUCGGCCUCUGUCCAUGCAUCCACUUCUACAGGUAAAACUCAAGAAUUGACUGCCGCUGAUGCUGGAAGACAAACUGUUUCAAGAGUCAAGUUGAACACUCCUGAGUUGUCUGAUGACAGCAACACUAAAAGCUCCCUUGACACAACAGGAAGUCUCAACUCUACCAGGACAUCGCCUGUAAAGGCCUGUUCUGUGUAUGUUUCAAAGUUGAAAUUAUCCACAGAUUCUCUUUCUCACACCAAAUUGAAUGACAAGGUAGCCACUUCAGAGGUUACCCUGGAACCUGUGCAGUUGCCCAACUCGGCCAAUGAUGACCCGACUAAAUACAGCAAUACUGAAUCAGAGCUAGGCUCUCUCACUGAAACCAGCAACGAAGACCAGGCUGGUGAUACCGCUCAGAAGUGCCCAGUUUGUCACGAGGCAUUCCUUGGAGAUGAUGCCACAGAGAACCUACAGCAGCAUGUACAGAUGUGUCUGCGCCAACGCUUUGCAAGUUCCAUUCAAUCCCGAGACUUCACUGCCAACUCAGAUGACACGAGUGGUGACGAGGAGUUUGCCAGACUGCUCCAGCGCCGAGAAGAGGAGAAAGUGCGGGAGGAGAGACUAACGGACAGUGAGAAGUACUUCUGUCAGAUCUGCCAGCGAGAGCUCAGCCACAUGAACUCGACCAGGAGAUCCCAGCACAUCAACAGAUGCAUGGAUAGCAUGGAAACUGUUGAACCACAACAGGAACCAGCAGCCAGUGGGCACCAGACAGUCAGAGGGACAGUUCCUGACUGCCCCAUCUGUGGCAAACACUUCAAAACCAAAAAGCAAAGGGAAUCACAUCUGAAGAAAUGUGCCCGGGUGAAUCAGGUAUCAGCCCAGCGGCUAAUUGAACUAGUGAAGGUACAAGAAGAGGUCCAAGCUCAGGGUGAAGGUUUAGGAGGUUCCAUUGGAGGUUCCACAGGAGGUUCUAAAGGAGGUUCCAUGGAAGGUGCCACAGUUGGUUCCUUAAGAGGUGCCAAAGCCGGUUCCUUGGAAGGUUCCGUGGGAGGUUUCACAGGAGGUGCCACAGGUGCUUCCUUGGGAGCUUCAGUGGGAGGUUUCACAGGAGGUUCUGUUGAGGGUUCAGUGGGCAGUUCUGCAGGAGGUUCAACAGGUGGUUCCGUAGGAGGUUCUUUAGGAGGACCCGCUGCAGUAGGUGACACAUUAGGGUCAACACAUGCACCCGAGUCGUCCAGGCCAACAGUUAGAAGAGGCAGAGGAGGCAGGAAUGCUACCAGGGGGAGGAGUAGAGCUAGAGGGAAGGGCAGGAGGAAGCCCCAGGUGCCUGUGGAAGCACAGCCCCUGGAUGAGGAAACCCAAGUAGCAAUGGCACUCUCUGCCUCACUGGUUCAACAGCCUGACCCUGGCCCAUCAACAGAGGGCACUGUUGCCCAACCGGCCUCCACCACGGGUAGAGCUCCAAAGCCACCUGGAAAAACAGGUCGCAAGAAAAAAGCUGGCAGGAAAGAAGGAAAUAAGGAAGUUCCAUUGCUUAUUAAAAGGACAGAGGAAGAACGCAGUCGACUUCUUGAAGCCCGGAUGGCUGAUAUCAUACUCCCACAGGAGGUUGCCACAGUCCAGAAGACUCCGAGUUUGAAAAAGAGCAAGGUUGCCAGGCGACACAGGCAGCCGUCACCAUGGAAACCGAGAACAUGCAUUCAUCUCGCAGAGGCUGCAGCUGCUGUAACUCACCGAGAACAAAGAGAUGAAGACCAGAAGGAGUCAUCUGAAGGCCAAGUUCUUAAAAAAUCCCAGACCUUACCCCUGUGGAGUCUGGCAUCAGACUGUACCAGUAGCAGUCAGACACCGUUCUAUGUUCACCGGUUGUUGCCGGUUGUCACCCCUCAGAAACGGGUGACUUCAAGACGAGCGAAUGCAGUAGGGGGUCCUACCACCCCCGGAAAGCACAGCCAAGAGCAAUUCAACCAACAGACAUCCCCCUUCAAAGGCACACCCCACACGACUGCACCAUCAUCCAGAAAUGUAUCAUUAACUCCGAGUCAGGAAGGCUCUGCCACGCAAGCCCUGGGCAGAACGGUGCAGAUCCUGGCUGACCUAGCUGCUGAGAGUGCCCUGCCUGCUUGCGCCACACAGUCCAGUGACCGUAGCCUGAUAACAGCCAGUGGGUUCAUACCUGCUGAUGAGGAGGAGGCAGAAGCAGGAGGAGAGGAACCCAAGCAUUUGAAUGAAGAAGACAAUGAGGAAAGCAUGAUUGCAGUCAAUCAGCAUCAGAUGGAAAUUCUUCAGAGCUUAGCUGGAUUAGUGAACAGCAAGGAUCUAAGCGAUCUCCAUCUUGUGACAUCUGACGGCUCUGUGAUCUACGCUCAUCAGUUUAUGAUCAAGCUUAGAUGUCCCUCCUUGUAUAAGUUGAUUGAAGAGAGCCCUUCAUAUAGUAGCAGUCAAGCCAAGAGCCUUGAUCUACGAGAUUUUAGUCAUGGUAGCCUCCUCUGUGCACUGCAUUUUAUUUACUCUGGGAGGGGGACAGUUACCAGCUCGACAGCGGAUGAAGUCUGGAAGUUUGCUAAAAGGUUUUCAUUACCAAAGCUGUCUGAUAUCUGCUCCGAAUUUCACAACGAAAUAGACAAAUCCAGGGCAGCAUCUGAGAGGGAUGUACAGUCGUCAGAAUCAGAUUUGGUUUCAGGUCCCCAAGGAAGCACACAGGUAGUCGGGCAGGAAAACGAGGAUUUCUUUGCAAACCGGGGUCUAGAUGACCUGAUACAAAGCCUAUGGGAUAGUAGCGAUGAGGAAACUGACGACCAUCACAAAGAGGACGGUGAUGACGCAAGUGAUGACAGUGAUGGGAAUCAGAAAGCACCUGCCUCACAAACAAAGCGUAGGUUUUCUCACAGAGUGUCGGAUACAGACAGCGACACUGAGGCUAAAGACAUUGUCCCUGAUGACAAGGAACUGGAUGAGAUCUAUGAGUUCUUCAGUACGCAGAGGCAGCAGCGCAGUCAGAGAAGCAACGUCAAGAAAUCUGAAGACUCUGGCGAUGCAGAGAGUGAUGAGAAUGCAGUGGAUGAAGAAGAAGUAGAUAAUGAUGGUGGAGAAGUGGAUGAAGAAAACUCAGAAAAGGUGUCAGCAAACUGCAGACGACAAUCAUUCACCAUCGUAGAGCAGCUUCAGAGCAGCUGUCUGCCCCAGAGCCAAAGAUCUCAGACGAAUGAAGUAUCCUCUGAGCUAGGAGAUGUCAACAGCAAGCAUCUCCGAGAUCAUGUCUUGCAAGAACAAACAGCUAAGAGACAAAAAUUUGAUGGAAGUUCAAAUGGAGUAGCUGAGCACAUCAACUCUUCAUCAGAAUUGAUCACACCGUGCUUUGUGCAUGUGAAGAGGCUCUCAAAUGAUCUCUCAGUCUCCCCGCUGAAGGAAAAACACACUACAGCCACUGUUGGAAAAUGUUUAGAGCUCCAGUGUAACUUAAAAACAGGACACAUGGAAAGCAGGCAGCCAGAGCUAAAUGAACUGAAAGAAAAUACCAAAAAAUUGUCACAAAUCCCUGGUGAACACUGUAGCAUCCAUCAGGGGGCAGAUGCAACUCUCGCAGAUGUAGGUGAUAGCAUCUUCCAGUAUUGUGAUGAAAAUGAGGACGAUGUGGAGAUGUUGGAUGUGUCUCAGACUUCGGAAUCAGAAAUUGACCAGCCCUCAACUGUUCAAUCUAGAAAAAUAGAUAUGGAAGGAGAUCAAAACGCUUUCAAUCAGAGUGCAGAUCUUCUUGGGAGUUUUUCUAGUGAAAGGGGCAAAGAUGUCAGUGAUAUGGAUGAAGUAGAAUCUACUGUGAAAGUGCCAACAGAUAGAAGAGGUACCUGUAGCUCAUCUGGAAGUGAAGAUGAGUCACUGCCGAAUGUUAACAUGAGCCAACCUGAAAAACAGGUCUCAGAGAGGCCUGAGGAUAGUCGCUCCUCUGGACACCCCAGUGAAGAGGAGAUGGUCUCUGAUGAAGGGCCAGAGCUCAGCGUCUCGGAGGAUGCCAAGGAACAAAGUCGAGAUAGUGGGGAGGAUGCAGUUAUUGAUCUCUCACAGGAUGAUGAAGAUCAGGAGAUAGAAUCUGUUGAAUCAGGUCUUGAGGAAGGCAACUGCACUGAUAACAACAAGGACACCGUCCAAGAGGAUUUCAGUGAUAAAGACAGAGAUGAGGAUUUGCCAAUAAUAGUGCCUCUUUCACCAGACCCAACCCUGUCAGGGACCAAGAUUACAUCCAACCCACCAAAGACCUACCUCCCUACCAAGAAACCCUCACCCAGCAAGCCCCCUAUUCUCAAACCACUAAAAUUCACAUUCCGAAGGCGAGACAGACAAGGUGAUACUAAAGAAAUACCAGUGAGAACUGAACCCACGGAACUUAACACUUUCGGGACCCCUGCUGUCUACAGAAUGGAAAGAACAAAGCCCAAGUCAUCAGACGCCUUUGCCACAAUUCUUGAGACACCUGCUGCAUUCCGGGCUGAGGCUGAUGUUAUCAGAGACUCUUCAACUCCCAUGUUUGGUACAAGUGCUGGAGGGGUCUCCAACCGUCAUGAUUGUAUCUCUCCUAAAAUAUCACCUGUGAAGGAGAGCACAAAUGAUGACCAAGGGAAAGGCAAGAGAGUCGGUGCUUUGACUCGGAAGGAAACAAGCCGCUCAUCUGAUUCGUCUAACAAAAGUGGGAGAGGUAUCAUGAAUGAUGGGAGCCCAGUACUAAAAUUGCUGUCAAAGAACUCUCUCUCCAAAAAGGACAAAGACAUCAGGGCCACAAGCACAACCAAUUCACUCAGCAAAGCAACUGUGUUUGAGGCAACUCAAGAAGACAGUUCUGUGCAGGAGGAGAGUGGACCAGACUCUCCCUCCUUGUCAGGCACACCAGUGAGACCAACACCAGACUGCUUUGAUGCUGACACUCCAGUGAUUGUAAGUUCCAUUCCCCCUGCACCACUUUCUCCCUCACCUCCCCCCUCUCCAACCUUUGGUUCGGUCUGCUCUCUGAAAGCAAAGGAAUCAGUGUCAGAUUCAUCUGAGCACCAACACCUGGACGAUUCCAUUGUGGAUGAGAGGAGUGCCAGGGAAGAAAGCUUUUCAACAAGAUGCAAGAGGAAGUUACAGCAAGAAGACCUUGAAUGGGAAAAUGUAGAAGCACCAUCAAAGAGACCGAAGGGUCUAGCUAUAGCAUCUCAUGGACCUCCCCAUACUGUCAUCAACACAAACCUCAGUCCUGCUUGCACCACAGAUGAAGAUGAUGUUGUCCUUGUCUCCAAUGAGGAAGAAAAUGGAGAAGUUCUCAGAUCAAGCAGAUCAGGAUCUAAUGGAACAAACACAGGCAUUGCUGUGAGAAGUGACAAAGUGUCCUGGCCUGAACAGCUCUGUGUUGGGCUGUCCCCAACGAGAUACUCUCCAGAGUCUCCAUCCAGUGAUGAGGCAGAGAUUAGUCAGGAUGCUUUCCAUGAUGCCUCAACGCCUAGAAUCCAAGUAGACAAGGCUUCCGUCCUUGAGACUACUGGAUCUCUCAAAGAAUACUCUUUACCAGUGUCACCUGCCAAGGACUCAAAAUGUCAGUCAUCUCCUGGAAAUUCCCCAGAGCCAAAAUCUUGGUCUCAGAAUCCCUUCAGAAGAAGAGACACUGAAAACGCUGCUAGUCGAAGCAAUCCUCAAUCUUUCACUUUGUCUCAAAAGUCUGCCUCAGAUGUGGAGAGCACGCCCUCAACAUUAGCACAGAAUGCCUCUGAGGAUCAGUUUGCCUAUUUUGGAGAUGAUGGAGGAGGCUACAUGGAUGACUUCAGCUUCUGUUCAGAUGGAGAAAGGGGCCCGGAGGGAGUAGAGGUGGAAGUCAUCGCAUCAGAGAAGACUCACACCAAGACAAACACGCUCAAGGGUGGAGGUGCAGUUUCACAUCUAGAAAAACCCUCAACUUCAGAUCCCAACCCCCUCAAGUCUGCAUCGGGGACACGCAGGGGUUUCCAGGUUAACCUGAGCAUCCAGAACUUCUCCAGUUCAGAAGAGGAUGCUUCGCCUCCCAAACUGGCCUUGCGUUUGAAAGACUAUGUUGGAGUGCUGUCGACAUCGAUGCAGCUGCGAGAGGAAGCGGAGGAGUUUGGAUGCAGCGAGAGCUUCCUGUUUGAGCUUAAGGCAGGGCACGUGGAUGAGGAAACAGCCUGGGGUGGAGUCAUGAGAACAGGGGGAGGCCUCGAUGUCGAACAAGCUCAAAAAAAAAGUUCUGAAGUUGGCAAACAAGUUCCACCAACACCUGUGGUCAGCAGAAAACAGCCAAUGAACAAAGAGACAAUUGACAAGUUGUACCACCCGCCGGCACCUGUCACGCCAAUGCCACACUAUGAUGAUAUGAACACGCCUGGUUUAAAGAAUGAACUCAAGAGGUUUGGAGUGAAGCCAUUGCCCAAGAAGAAAGCCCGCCUGAAAUUGAAAGAGAUCUACAGCUACACACACCAAGUUUUGGAGGACAGCGAUUCAGACGCAGACAUGUCAGGACCAACAACCUUCAAGCUUCCAUCAGCAGCCACAAAGCGAACCACUUCCAAACCUCAAUCUCGACAGACAGCCUCCAAGAAAUCCCCAACCCGGAAAAAUAAGAAAUCCAACCAGAAACAAGGAAGCAAGGGCUGCCAGGCUAGCCAGGUGGAGACGGCAACUGUGAGCAGGCCGGCGUGUUCAGGGACAUCUGCUGGCGGGGACAGGGAGUCUUUAGAUAGUGAUGAUAGUGAGUAUGGCAACUCCAGAGAAUGUCCUGAAGGAAAUGAAGACGAUGACGAUGAGGAGGAGGACUACUUGGAACCAUCUCAGAGGACUGCUGCCAACCUUGAAGAAGCCAUUAGAACCUACAUCAAGACCAAUCAUUCUCUAUAUGAAAAGAUUUUGUGCUUUGAGCCCCUUGAAUUGGACAAAUUCCAUGCAGAGUUGAAAAAUGCUGGCAUCAAAUAUUCCAAGAACAAGCUAAGAGAGUUUCUGGAUUAUCAUUGUAUCACUUUCCGAGUCAUCACCAGCAGUACAAACAGGCACGUAAGGAAACCAAAACAACCCAAAAGCAAGUGAUGCUCAGCAUCAACUUUUUAUUGAAUGUCAGUGCAAAUCAUUGAGCAAAAUCUAGGAAGAACUAUGGAUAACCAUUAUGGCAUUGUUCAACAUCAGUGUUGAAGCAAAAACAGUAGAAACCGUUAAAUAUUGGAAAUGCAUCGUAAUUUUACAGAGUUCCAUGUGCUUAUGUGUAGGUGUGGGUCACUCACUGAACAAAAUGUGUUCAGCGAGAGCACAAAGAAAUUAUGAGUAACCAACACCAUUUGUUAGAGUGAAGUGGUCAGAACCAAAAACAGUUUUUUAGGGUCCAUUUCAGAGAUGCGACUUGGGCUAACGUGUCCGGUCUAAUAGUUUUGUCUUAUUUUGUAAGAAAAUAUCAAUUUAAUUUAAAAUUCAUGUUUAAACAUUCUAAUGGUAUGUAAAUUAUAUUCCAAAGUGCCUACAAUAUCAGAAAACGUAUAAAAUUUUCCUUUUUCAAGAGUUGAGUGAUGUGCGGAUAUAUAAAAUCAAGAAAAAAAUUAGUGUUUUAUGUGUGAAACUGCUUUUAUAGAAAAGUAUUGUCUUGUGUUAUACUACAAAAGUCCAUUUGUUUUCACUUCAAAUUGAUAAGUAUCACUGAAUUUAGAUGGUUUAAGUACCUAUGUCUAAACGUUUUAGUCCAACUUGACUUAAUUUUUUUUUAUGAUGAUGCAUCUAUCAUGCAUUAUAAAUUUAUGUAUAAUUUUUCUUGUAAAGACAUACCUCAACCUUCGUUUCCAAGACAAUUAAUAUGGACAGACUGUGCUAAAAAUCGCUACCAAAUUUGUCUACAAUUUGAGAUGAAACUAAGUUCAAAGUUUAACGGCAGGCUUAUUAAUAUAAAGAACAGUUGAAAUUUAUUUUAAACUUUAAAAUCUGUGAAAAAUUAUGUUUAAAGCUUUUUCAUCAUAAUAUGUGUGAUAAGGUGAGUACCGGUAUAAAUGUAUAUGGUAGCUGAAAAAGAAAAUACAACUAUUUCAAAGAAAUUAGCCUUAAAGAUAUUAAGAACAGUUGAAAUUUAUUUUAAAAUUUAAAAUCUGUGAAAAAAUUGUGUUUAAAUCUUUUUCAUCAUAAUAUGUGUAAUAAGAUGAGUACCGGUACAAAUGUAUGGUUACUAAGAAAAGAACACACAAUUAUUUCAAGGAAAUAAACCUGUUUGCUCUUCUUU